AUGGGCUCGGCUGACCCCGGCAGAGAGACAGCAGCAUCGGCGCAACCAGCUCUGCAUCUACUGCGGUGGGGAGGGCCAUUUCUUGGCUCAGUGUCCAGAGGUGCCAAAAGACCGGGCUCAUCAGUAGGCGAGGGGGCGCUGGUGAGCCAAACUACCACAUCUACCACCUCUCCAGGCAGACUACAAGUAAAGGGUUACGUGGUGGAGAUGGGGCAGCUCAGACCAGACCCUGCUAAAAUUAAAGCAGUGGAGGAGUGGCCGGUUCCUGCUACACGUAAGCAGCUACAGAGAAUAUUCCCACAACUCCAUGGUCAGCUCUGCGACAGGUAUGUCGCCUUUCAUGGUGACCCACGGUUUUCAGCCUCCCUUAUUCCCCAGCCAGGAACUGGAGGUUGCUGUCCCUUCGGUCCUGGCCCAGUUCCAUCGAGCUCGCCAAGUCUGGUGGGAAGCCAGAGCCGCUCUGGAGAGGAUGGCGGUCCGGAACCGGCGGAUUGCACAUCGUCAUCGCACACCGGCUCCAGAAUACAAGGUCGGGCAACAGGUUUGGUUGUCGUCACGGGACCUCCCUCUCCAGACGGAUUCCAGAAAAAUGGCCCCCAGGUUCAUCGGACCCUACCCGUUGCAGCGGGUCAUCAAUCCCAGUGCCGUCUGAGUGAAGCUUCCAGCAGCUCUCAAGGUUCACCCCGUGUUCCACGUCUCGCUCCUGAAACCGGUGGUUGACAGUCUCCUACAACCUCCCGCUGAUCCCCCCCCCCCGUCUCAUUGAUGGUCACCCGGCAUACACUGUCAACCACAUUUUGGAUGUCCGCAGGCGUGGCCGAGGUUACCAGUACCUUGUGACUGGGAGGGAUACGGCCCCGAGGAGCACUCCUGGUUGUCCAAGUCUCUGAUUUUGGGCACUCACUUAUUGUCUGAUUUUUAUGAAAGGUUUCCCAACAAGCCUGGUAGGACGCCAGGUGGCGUCCGUUAGAGGGGGGGUACUGUUAUGACCUGCUUUUGAUGCAUGUUUUGGUGGCAGCUUGGGUGUUUGUUCUGUGUUUUCCUGUUCUUCUUGAACCUGCAGGGCUGGUGUGUGGAGGAGGCGGGGCUGACCUACAUUUCCACCACGGGCAGCGAGGCACACCUGGUUUCCAUCGCCACUAAUCAACCCUCCAUAUUAGCCUGGUGAUGACUCCACUUCUGUGCCAGAUAAUUCCAUCUCGUUUGUGUGUUGCCUCGCCGCCUUUCGUUCUCCGGAGCCCUCGCCUCCAGCCACCACCAGCUGUUUUCUCCCUGCAGCUGUUUUUUUGUAUUUAGCGGCUUGCUGCCGUUUAUUGUGUCAAGCGGCAUUUUUGUAAUAA